AUGACUGACUUGUCUAGUUCCAAUUCCCCCGUCACCGCGACUUGCGCUUUAUGGAUGGCCUCCUCCGAAGUUGACCAGAAGGCCCUGGGCAAUUUUGCGGCCGCCAUGAGCCAUGAAAGCCCAUAUCUCUCGACAAUGCUAUACAAAGUACUCGGGGUGUCGGUCAUGUUAUCGAAAAAGCUGCUUCGGGCCCGCAAGCUUCGGCGGCUAGAUACAACACGCGAAACAAGAUCCCUCCAGCUGUACCACCACAUCUUAUGGCUCUCCCGCGAGGGCCUGCUAAUAUUAGAAGGUGCAAUUCUACCAAAAGUGGACAUGUCGGUGGAGCUGAAAGUCCUCUCCUACAAACUGCGCGCCUCAUUUUACCACAUUUUCGUAUUAUUCCACAAUCGCCCCGUCGUCCAAAAUGAUACCGAGCCUCCAGCUCGCUUCAAGCAUGACUCAAUAUACGGCCCAGACUCUCUCACAGCUCUGGGCGCAGCCGACCCUCUCCAUCCCAAAUCUCUCUUCACCUCUCGGCCCCCAGGCCUAUCGCCUGUUCAGCCCGUCCAGCCACCUCAACCAGCCUCCUCCUUUCUCCUCCCUCCCCUGGACUACACUGCCACAGCAACCGCCUGCUUCAACCAUGCCGCAGCUCUCUCCGACAAGCUUCUCCCGGGCUCCCAUCCCCUCCGCCUAUCCGUCAAGCUCGAAUACGCCGCCUUCCUCUACGACUGCCUGCAAGACCCGAUAGCCUGUCGCCGCCUGGCCAAGCAAGCAAUCGCAGAUGUCUACAAUGCCCAAGAAGGCAUGGACGACGAAGCCUUUGAAGACGCAGCCGAGAUCGUCGGCGUACUAGGCAAGAUGGUCAAGCGCGGCGGCAAACCGGGCAGCAGUACCGCCGCCAGCAGCGUAUCACGCGGUGGUCAGUCUCGGAGUCAAAGUAGAAGCAGUCGCAGUCCCAGUCAUCUCGAUACGAGUGUGCCUACCACAGUUUCUCCCGUUCCAGUUACGAAAUCCACGCCUGCUCCUCCCUCGGUCUCGGGAAUGGAGCCCGCAGUUCCCAAUGCGAACAUGAUGAAUCCGAUUUAA